AUGCCAUUUAAACCGGUGGAACAUCCAAAAUGUCCAAAAUGCGGUAAAUCAGUGUAUGCUGCAGAGGAAAUGAAUGCUGGUGGUUACAAAUGGCAUAAAUUUUGUUUCAAAUGUGAACUGUGUAACAAAUUGUUGGAUUCAACAAAUGUAGCACCACAUGAAGCUGAACUAUACUGUAAACAAUGUCACGGUCGAAAGUUUGGCCCAAAAGGUGUUGGCUUUGGUUUAGAUUUGCCAAUAAAUGAAUUUCAAAUGGAAUCGACCGAUGACAGCGGAAGCAUUCACAGCACCAAUCAAUCCAACUCAUAA